CUACCUUUUAAUGAACAUUCAAAUAUGAUCUCUUGGCCCGGUUCAUUUUGUCUCAAAGAUCAAAGCCAUGGGCUCAAGAUUUACUAAUUCUUCGUCAGAUGUGUUUAAAGGAAGAAAGGCUCCGCCAGUGCACUACCUUCUCAGAAUUCAAUCAUUCAGCUCACUUUCGAGAUCUUCAUUGGAGAAAUAUAGUUCAGAUAAGUUUGAAGUAGGAGACUACAAAUGGAGAUUAACAAUAUACCCAAGUGGGAACAAGGACGGAGGCGGGCAAGGCCAUAUUUCGAUGUUCUUGACAUUGGCGAACACGAGUUCACUCCCGGUCGGAUGGGAGCUCCAUGCCAUGUUCAACUUCUUCGUGUAUGAUCAACUUCGUGACAAGUAUUUCUCGCUUCCGGACAACCAACUAAGGCGUUUCCAUGUGAUGAAGACGGAAUGGGGCGAGGCCAAAUUCGUGGAGCUUCAAGUCUUUAAUGACUCUUCCAAUGGGUACUUGAUCGACGACGCCUGUGUGUUCGGUGCCGAAGUCUACAUUCUGAAGAUGACUCGCAAAGCCGAGUGCUUGUCAGCCUUGGAAAAACCCAACGCGGGCAGCUACACCUGGACGAUCAAGCCCUUUUCUGCUGUCGCCUUGGAUCGUCACGAGUCGCAGUGGUUCGUCGCGGGAGGCCACAGAUGGAAGAUUCUGAUCUAUCCUCGCGGGAAUGGCACCGGGAAGGGCAACAGUGUUUCGACGUUCUUGUCUCUGGAUGAGUCCACGCUUCCACCAGACACUCGACUGGUUGUGAGAUUUACCAUCCGCAUGCUUGAUCAGAAUGAACUCAAAGCUGACCCAUUUGAAUUUACAAAUGACAACUAUUUUGGAGCGUCGUGCUUGGUAUGGGGAACUCAGAAGUUCGUGUCAUUGGCUAAUCUCAACGACCCAAAACAAUUCUACUUGGUGGGAGACACUUGCGUAAUAGAAGCUGAAGUUACCUUGUUCGGAAUAGUCUCCAUAACUUCUUAACAAUCAGGAUGAUUUUAAUAUCUGUAUCUAACGCGAUUAACAAAAGUUGAUGGGAUUUAGAACAAAUACAACGUUAUCAUUGUUUCGGAGGAUUCAGAUCUAUCCUCGCGGAAACGACAUAUAUAUAUAUACUCCAUUAUUUUAAAAUUUAAAAUGCAACUUAUCUCAUCAAACCAGCACAAAUGUCUCAACAUCCCUGACAAUAAUUUAUUUAAAUCUGUUUGUUAUGUAUUUUCACAUUUGUAGAUAACUCUUGUAGAUGCUGUU